UCAGUUUCCUGUUUACUACUGGCUCUGGUUAAAGUUCCUUAGCUAUAUCCAACACGGAUAGUGUUCUACUCAGCAUUACAGCUCGUUUUUGUGCCUUUACACCUGACAGUUUUGGCGUUUUAAACAACACUGUAUGUUUUGUCCCCAGAUCGCAAUUAAGUUGAUUCUAAAAUUCAAGGAUAAAAAGCGCGUGAAGACUUAAAAUCGUGUGGAUUUCCUGUUUGAUUGGUUACCGGGUGUUGAUAUUAUUUUGUGGCAUGCGGUAUUUUGACGAGAUUGCUGAAAAAGAAACUACACACCGAAACGGGUGGUUCAUUAUAAAUGAAUUGCAAAACUCUUUCUUUUUGUUGAUUGGAGAAAUUAUUGCAGUUAGAAGCCUUGAAGUCUCUCGCGUGUCAAGUACCGUCGGUAACGAGUUAUUAUUUGAUUACCAGUAACGUUACUGUGGAGCGGAAUCAUCCCGCCAGGACCCUGUACUCGAGACGCGUCACCGGCCCCGGCGCCUUGAAGCGGGCGGUGAGGACAAAGCUUGCCCUGAAGGGAUGGCCUGGAGGAUCCUAUCAAACCCAGGGAACUGCGCUAUUUAAGGAAGGCCGGGUUCGAAUCGAUCAGAAGGCGGAUGACAGCUUGAAAAUGGCUAGCCGGAGCGAGCAAAUAACCGAUCUGAUCUAUGUGUUCUCAAAGAGUCAGUACAGAGCAAAGGAGGUCACCCCAUCGGUAGAGAGAAUAGAGGAGCACUGUUUGGAGCUGUUUGACCGGGACUACAAGUACAGUAUCAUCCAUAACACCAAUGGGGAGGUGUGUGGUCACUACCCACGGAAGAUUGUGUUUCUGGAAUAUGAAUCUUCAGACAACAUUAAAGAGAGCUUUGAGAGUACUGUGCAGAUCAGUAAGUUGCAGGAUCUGGUGAACCGUAGUAAGAUGGCUCGCUGUAGAGGGAGAUUUGUCUGUCCAGUCAUCCUCUACAAUGGAAAGCAUGUGUGUCGAUCAUCCACACUAGCAGGUUGGGGCGAACUUUAUGGACGAACUGGAUACAACUACAUUUUUUCAGGGGGUUCAGAUGACACCUUUGGUGAUGCUGAAGUGGUUCCGGAGGAUGAUUGUGCAGUUGGGAAUAAUGAUUCACAGUUGUUUGAUAAGGUUAGGGGCUCUGACAUUAAGCUGUUGAAGUACUUGUCUGUACGCUACAUCUGUGACCUCAUGGUAGAGAAUAAGAAGGUCAAGUUUGGCCUAAAUGUGACUUCCUCAGAAAAGGUGGACAAGGAACACCGUUAUGCUGACUUUACCCUACUCUCUGUGCCUUAUCCAGGAUGUGAAUUCUUCAGGGAAUAUAAAGACAGAGAUUACACAGCAGAAGGGCUUGUCUUCAACUGGAAUCAGGACUAUGUGGAUGCUCCUUUGACAAUCCCUGAUUUCUUUACUAGAAACCUCAACAUCAACUGGAGUGAAUAUCAGUCAUGGGACCUGGUGCAGCAGACUCAGAACUACCUGAAACUUCUAUUACACAUCAUCAACUCUGAUGAUGAGAACGGUUUGCUGGUGCACUGUAUAUCAGGCUGGGACAGGACACCGCUGUUUGUUUCCCUGCUCAGACUUUCUUUGUGGGCAGACCGUGCCGUUCAUGCCAGUCUGGAUCCAUCUGAGAUCCUUUACCUGACUAUCGCAUAUGACUGGUUUCUUUUUGGUCACAUGUUGCCUGAUCGGCUCUCUAAGGGGGAGGAGAUUUUCUUUUUCUGCUUCAAUUUUCUGAAGCAUAUUGUUUGUGACACAUUUUCAGUCGUAAAAAAGCAAAGGAGAAAGAAUUCUCAGUUCAAAGAUGCUGACUUCACAGUUGAUGACAUCUUCCAGUUAAAGUCCAGAGAUCGUGGUAGUGUUACGAGUUUGAGCAGUGAUUUCUCUCUCAUCACAGAAGAUACAUCUGCUCCCUCCAGUCUACAUGCAGAAGCCACAGACCUGAAUACCAUUGGAUCACAGGCUUCUAAUGUUGUUUAUCACAGGAGGAAAGGCAUUCCAUUGUCCUCUCAUUCUGUGCAUUGGAAACGACUGAUUGCUUCAGAGGAACGAAUGCCUAAUGUAAAGUCCUCAAGCUCCUCCUCAUCCAACCACUCAGAUCAAAAUGUCACAGGGACAGGAAGUACCCCAUUAGCUGUACCAGGAAGGAGGCCAAUAGUGGAAUAUGCUCGGCCAGGCUCCUCAAUGUCCACAGAUUAUGGCAGUUGGCAGAUUGUCUCAGGAUGUGGGAGCAUCCAUGAUCGUCCCCCAGUGCCCUCAGAGUCUCCUCUGCCAUUCAGCUUCCAGGAUGAGGGUCCCAGCGGACGAAUGUGCACAUUUGUACCUGACAGGCAAGUGAGGUUGGAGGCAGUGAGGGAGUUGUUCCUUGCAGCAUAUAGCUCUACAGUAGGACUCAAGUCAUCGUCUCCAAGCCCCUCCAGUGCCAUCUCAGGCCUGCUGGAGCAGUUCGCACGUGGGGUUGGCCUUCGUGGCACUAAUGGCAUUAUCUGAGCCUUCCAUUGUUGCGCCCAUAAGGUUCACUCAAAUUUUUACACACCCUCAGGAUUUUUCAUUUCAUCAUCUUUUUUUUUUUUUUUUCUCCUCUGCAUCUUGAUGUUGUACCAUAUCUACCACAUCAAGAGUACCUAAAUUAUUGGUGAAGCUGUACAGUGUAUUUCAUCCCCUCUUCCAUCUCAGCCCCUUGCUUCUCUCCUCUCCUCUCCUCUCCUCUCCUCUCCUCUCCUCUCCUCUCCUCUCCUCUCCUCUCCUCUCCUCUCCUCUCCUCUCCUCUCCUCUCACUUAUUCCAGUGCAAUCGUCUUCCUGCUAAAAAGAAGAGUGCCAAAUCUAAAUACAGGGCUACAUUAAACUGACUCUUUUUUUUUUUCUUUCAUUUUGUUCUCUAAAGACCAAAUAAUACAGUUUGUUCAUUUGUUUUCUAAUUUAGAUUUUAAUUUUUGCUGUCUUUCAUCAUCCUCUUACUUUUUUGCAUGUUGCACAUUUGUACUGUAAUUGGGAAGAAUAGAGAGGGGAAGGAAAGUGAAAAUUAUUUUAAAAAUGCUUAAGAUUACACUUCUUGGAACAUAAAGGUGAUUGAGGAGAAAUGAUUUAUUUGCCCAUUUUAAUGGCUUGUUUUAUUUUAGUUGCCAGCAGUGUUAUACACUUAAAAGACUUUUCUCUUGAAAUGAUUGUAGUGCUUGACUGCUUUUCAGACCUUCAGGAUUUGAACUAAGCCAGUCGUUUGUUUGUGGUAGUUUUAGAAAUGGCGACAAUUUGGGCAGUGGUAAUGUAAAACAGUCAUUGUUCUUUUAAUUAACACUUUUAAAAAUAAUUUAAUGUGGGUGUGUUUUGAAUUUAAUUCAUUUUUGUUGUCUCUAGAUUCUUUUUAAACUGCAUCACUCAAAUUCAUAAAACUAUAAAGAUUCAUUUAAACAGAGCUAAUCUAUACAGAACAGCAGUCCAUGUCCUGCACUCAUUUUUACUUAAGUCAUUUUUGUUAUUAGUUUUUUUGUUGUUGUUUUUUUUUACUUCUGAAUGAUUUGGGGCAAAUGACUCUGAAUAACUGAUUUGCCUUGGCACUAGAUAUUUAUGAAUGGCUAUAAGGUUGCACUUGAAUUCAAGGUUUGAAAACUUGGAAUUUGUAGUAUUUUGGACAUAAAGCCAUUGUGGCCUCGUUACCUCAGGGCCUUUUAUUGUGCCUUUUGUUCUUAAGGAUAUACAAUUCUGUUUUCAUGCAAAGCUGUAAUAUCUUGCUUUUAGAUUUAAAACCAUGCCUUGCUAUAUAUGUUUCUCUUUUUGUUAUCUUAUGACAGAACCAAUGUUCAUGUGUACUGUAGCAGCAAAAUUCAGGCUUAAAUUCAGAUCAUACAAACUAUUGUAUGUCAAUUCAUGUUUGAUUUUUGCAAUCAAGCACAAAAGAUGCAGAUCUGUUAACAAGUACAUUUAAUAGGCUAACAUCCCGAUGAUCAUUUUACAAAAGUGUUUCAAAGAUCUAAUUAAAUAUCCUUACAAUACAAAUGCCUAUAACUCGUUUAUACAUCAGGUAGCAAUGUUACUGAGUUGAUCACUUCAGGGUAUGGUUACUUGCAAAGUUUUAUGUCAGUGUCCCAAAGCAUUGGUUUACAUGAUUUUUUUUUUUUUUUAAUCUUGCCAUAAAAUUUUUGAUGCGCUAUGUGAGAACAGUUUAUUCAAAAAGCCUGAAUGGUCAUAUGAAUGGUUUGAUGCAUCAAAAAUGCAUCUUUUAUAAAUUUUAGUCAGCAUGGUCUAAAGAUGGUCUGAGCCAAAUUUAAUGAAGAUCUCAUAAAUACCUUAGGAGGAGUUUGAUUAUAUAAAGAAUAAAAAAAAUCUAGUGGGCUAACGUGGUUGAUUUGGAUUACCCCAGAGCCACUAAAGAAAACGGAAACCGCAAGGGCUGAUAUUGAAUUGGAUUAAUACCCAAACACGCUUUAUUAAACUAGAUCAUCAUGCCUCUACACUGUUAGUGAAACACCAUCACCAAAAUUCUGUACAUUUACAGAAAGAAAAAACUGAUCUAAAAAUGGUUCUUCUAAAUACGAUAUUUCUUUUAUUUUGAGAAGUAUGGGUUAGUGAAGUAAUUCACCCUUGUCCCUCAACAAAAGCCAGUAGGAAUUUUGGCUUUUUGUAGAUAAGCUCUGCAACCAACCAAAGUAUGAUUCUUAAAUCUUUUGAAAUCAUUAUUAUUAAUGGUUUAUACAUUUUAAAACCUGAAUGCAAUUGCCAGAAGUCAAGACCGAAUGUUAUUAAGUAAAGCCCCAUUUUCAUGACUUAAUUAUCAUCACCACUAAAAUUCUGACUAGUCUUUAUAAAAAAUGUUUGUUUUUUUUGUAGAAAAAUACAUCUGUUAACCACAUACCUUAAUUAAUUCCUGGGAUUUAAGGCUCGUUCCUGCUGCACUCCAUAGUUGAUGAGUAGUGGAAUCAAAUUUAAUAAUUUCUGGUAUCUGUUUUAUGGUCAAUUUUGUCAACACAUUUGUCAACACAUUUGUCCUUCACAUGCUAACUUCCGAUCCUUGAACACUUCAAAAUAGAAGUCUUAAAAUGGCUCUUUCUAAACCGUAAUUUAUCAAUUAUGAUGGAAAUAUCAAUAAAAAAAAAAAAAAAAGUUUUUGUUAAGAACUUUUUAAUAGGCCAUGUGGUGUGACAAUCCUAAACUGCAUUCUAAUUUGCGUCAUCCCUUCUGUUGAAGUUCACUGCACUAAACUAGAGGCAUUUAUUUGUACACACUGCUUCAUCAUCAACCACAGACAUAAUUUGAAUUAUACAUGCUACAGGAGUUGGAGUUAUGGUGUAUGCCUGGGGUACUUGUUUUUAUUAUAAUGUAAUCUGUCAUACCCAAAAGGCUUAAAUUGAGUCAUAAUUGCCUGUUUAAUAUGAAAAUAACAUGAUUUGGUUAUACUGAAUGUGUAUUCUUACGUGACCUAUAAUCACAAUAGUUGUAUUAUAACUGUUGCAUCACAUCUACUUGGCUAUAAAUGAAGCACACCAGGAACUAAUUAAACUCAAUAAAAACACUGGAGUCUCA